GGCACGUUCUUGCUGCAGACCCCCAAGGACCUUCUCGCCAUGACUCUGGCUGCGUACAAAGAGAAGAUGAAGGAGCUGCCUCUCGUCUCCCUCUUUUGCUCCUGUUUCCUCUCAGACCCCUUGAACAAACCAACAUACACAUACGAAGACACGGUGGACCUCACCUGGUGCGUCAUCUCCGACAUGGAGGUGAUCGAGCUGAACAAACGCACCUCGGGGCAAUCCUUUGAGGUCAUCCUGAAGCCCCCCUCCUUCGAUGGCAUCCCCGAGUUCAACGCCUCCCUGCCCCGCCGCCGUGACCCCUCCUUGGAGGAGAUCCAGAAGAAGCUGGAGGCGGCGGAGGAGAGGAGGAAG